AUGAGAACUGUACCUCAUCUGGGAUUCCAGAUUCUGCUCCGAUGCUAUGAACAGUUCACAAGGCCUUGGGUAGAGCACCCAGGGCACUGGGAGCCAGCCCCACUCGGCGCCAUGGCAUCUGCCGAGCCCCUGACAGCGCUGUCCCGCUGGUACCUGUAUGCCAUCCACGGCUACUUCUGCGAGGUGAUGUUCACAGCGGCCUGGGAGUUCGUGGUGAACUUUAACUGGAAGUUCCCUGGGGUUACGAGCGUGUGGGCUCUCUUCAUCUACGGCACCUCCAUCCUCAUCGUGGAGCGCAUGUACCUGCGCCUGCGUGGCCGCUGCCCACUGCUGGUGCGCUGCCUCAUCUACACGCUCUGGACCUACCUGUGGGAGUUCACCACCGGCUUCAUCCUGCGCCAGUUCAACGCCUGUCCCUGGGACUAUUCCCAGUUCGACUUUGACUUCAUGGGCCUCAUCACCCUGGAGUACGCCGUGCCCUGGUUCUGCGGGUCCCUCAUCAUGGAGCAGUUCAUCAUCCGCAACACCCUCCGCCUCCGCUUUGACAAGGACGCUGAGCCCGGGGAGCCCAGUGGCCCCCUGGCGAUGGCCAACGGCCACGUCAAGACAGACUGA